GGGGCACCUGACUGUUCCUGGAAGAGCUCUCACCUCCAAGCCCAUGCUGCUGCACUCACUGCUCCUGGUCCUUGGUCCUAUGGGUGUCCACUCUGACUGGCUGAGUAUCACCGUGCCACACAGGGCCUAUGAAGGAGACGAGGUGACUAUAAGGUGCUCUGGGGAGGACAAUAGCGCCAUAAAAGAGCUAAUGUACUACAAGAAUGGAUAUCAAAUAUCUACUUACUCCAGCGCCUCAAGCUAUGUUAUUUCUAAUGCAAGAACCGGGGACAGUGGCCAGUAUUCCUGUAAGGCAAAUAGGAAGUACCUCUGGUUUCUAAGUAAGAAUGAAGAAUCAAAAUCUGUGUGGCUCAGUGUCCAAGAGCUGUUUCCAGUGCCUAAGCUGACUUUCAGCCCCUAUUGGCCUACAGAAGGAAACUCAGUGACCCUGUCCUGUGACACCACACUUGCUUCAGAUAGAUCAUGGGUCUCUCUGCACUAUGACUUCAGCAGAGACCACGGCAUGCUAGCUUGGGAGGAGUGGUGGCCAAAGUUUGUGAUCUCAUCCAUAAGCAAAGACGACUCAGGGUACUACUGGUGUGAAGCAAAGGCAUUAUCCUACAGUGUCAAGAAGCAGAGUAGCAAGACCUACAUAAGUGUGCAAAGGAUCCCUGUGUCUGAAGCCUCCAUGAGGACCCAUCCCCCAGGAGGUCAGGCAGUUGAAGGGGAGAGACUGAUCCUUGUCUGCUCCGUGGCUCAAGGCACAGGGUACAUCACAUUCUCCUGGUAUAGGGAAGACACAAAGGAGAAUCUGGGGUCCAAAAGUCAGCGCUCCCAGACAGCAGAGCUACAGAUCCCUGUGGUCCAGGAGAGCCAUGCUGGGGGUUACUACUGCACCGCUGAGAACAGCUAUGGCACCGUUCAGAGCAAGACAGUGAACAUCACUGUGAGAAUUCCAGCCUCAAGUCCCCUUCUCAACAUUAGUGCUCCUGGGACCCUGGCAUUUAUUGGUGAAGUGGUGAAGCUCCACUGUGAGGACUGGAGGGCUUCUCCCCCGGUGGAGUACCAGUUCUAUCAUAAUGACCUCAUUCUGGGAAACAUCUCAGCACCUUUGGGAGGAGGAGCAUCGCUCAGCUUCUCAGUGGCUGCAAACCACUCUGGAAACUACUCCUGUAAGGCUGACAAUGGCUGGGGACCCAAAGCCAGUGAGGUGGUAACACUGAAUGUCACAGAGGCCCCACCCAAGGUCCGCCUGGUGAAUGGUCUCCACCGCUGUGAAGGACGAGUGGAGGUGGAACAGGAAGGGCGCUGGGGCACUGUGUGUGAUGACGGCUGGGACCUAAAGGACGUGGCCGUAGUGUGCCGGGAGCUGGGCUGUGGAGCAGCCAGACACACCCCGGUAGCCCUGCUGUACCCACCUGUGGCAGAAGAGGCCCUGCCCGUGCUCAUCCAGGUGGCCAUGUGCAACGGGACCGAGGUGACACUGGCUGAGUGUGAGCAGGUGGAGGCCUUCGACUGCGGGCACGAUGAGGAUGCAGGGGCCGUGUGUGAAGCGUCGUAGCCUGGUACUUUCUGAAGAUCUGGAGACUGGAAGCCAGCAGUGCUCACAUUUUUCCUCUUCUAGGCCUCGCAGACCUCAACGGCCCCACACCUCUCAGUGGACUUGAUGGCUCUGCUCGGGAUUCUCCCUCGGCAGGACUCUAACGCUGGCCUUCUAGACCCAAGUCACAUCCCAGUGCAUUAAAGGCAAACUGUCUCCCAAAGAGAACAGGCCUGGAGAAAUUGUUCUCACAUUGUGGCUUGUCCACACUUCCCCAGGCUGCCUGGAGAUCCUAGGCUGCUUCCCUGGGCAACUGUAGCGGCUGGACAUGGAGCCAAAAAGAAAUGA